AGGUUCACAAUAUGUGUCUUCCUUCAACGAUCUUUUAGUUUUAAUUUUUGUGACCCGACACGAAAACAAACCCAAAGUCUAAACCCAAAACUCAAAACCCAACCAACGAGCCCCAAAAACCAGCACCAAAACCCAGCCCUAAAUUAUUAAUUUUAGUGACCCGACAACCCAGAUACAAAACCCCAUCGCAAAGAUAGACCCAAACUCUUAAUCCUAAACUCAAAUGACAACAAAAAGGAAUGGACAUGGAAGGUGGAAUGAUCAGUGGAAUAAAUGACAACAAAAAGGAAUGGACAUGUAAGGUUAGAGUUGUGGAGAAACGGAACAUCAAAGACUCAAGGACGAGCCCUAACAAGUACAGACCUUUUAUAUUGCAGGAUGAGGAGGUGAGAUGGAGGUGACAUGGCAUUGAGGUGGAUUUAGUGUUUACGAGAGCUGUUUCACUUUCAGCCUUGAAAAUCAUACGCCACCCAAAUACGCCGUUUCAUAUCUUUUCACCAGUGCCUGUUCCCUAUGCGACGAGAGAAGUUCAAAAACAUUGGCCCGUCAAGCGUAUAUAAAGUAGGAUUAUUUCAUUAUGAGGGUGACACGUGGCAGGUGAGAUGGAGGUGACAUGGCAUCGAGGUGGAUUUAGUGUUUACGAGAGCCGGUUCACAUUCCGCCUUGAAAAUCAGACGCCACCCAAAUACGCCGUUUCAUAUGCUUUAACCGGCGCCUGUUCCCCUAUGCGACUGGAGAAGUUCAAGAAACCGGCCCGUCAAGCAUCGAUUCCGGUGAGCAGCUUCCGGAACCCAUCCGUCGACCCUCAGAAUUAGCCAAACCCAUUGUACACGAAUGAGCCAGUACGAAGAAGAAACAUUCCAGAUUCAAUGUUGGACGCAUUUUGACAAGUUUGCGCCCAUUCACCAGUCAUGGUGCAUCUAUCGAGCAACUCCGCCUAACCCAUCAGGUUCUGGAAGUGAGAAAUGGAUUGUAUGAGAACUCAUGCUUCAACUUUGGAUUUUGCUUCUAUAUACCCUUCAUUAAUGAAAGUGCAUAAUUUAUGCUACUGCACUCUGGUAUAUAAAUAAAAACAAAAAAAUGCAGUGACAUGGCGCAUGAUAAGUCCGUUUCGAGGGGACAUGGCGCAUGAUCUGGAUUACUAUGCCACGAGGGAUAAGAGCGUUGGAUGGCUUUGAAUGGACGCUCUACCUCCUCAGCUUCUCUUUGCCCUCGGCACAUGAAUCCUCUUCACCUCUUUGACCUCAACGCAGAUUAUUUUUGUCUUUCAAUCGAUUUUGCCUAUGGGGUGGACUACAUCGCCAGAGUAAUGACGUGCAUAUGAUUUCCUUGCAUUCACGGCCUCUCUUACAAACAAAGAAACGGGUUGAGAUGAUUCAGGCGGCGAUUGUGGUGGUUUGUUUUUGCUCGAUUUUGCCUAUGGCAUUGUCUAGAGGCAAUUGACGUGCUUCGGCCAGCAAGACCACCAGCUGCAACGACUACAACUACAGGUAUUCUUCUUCUUCUUCAACUUGGCAUCAAGUAAAUCCUAAAAUUUUUCCCCAAUUAUUUCAAGCUUGACGGGGAGAGAUGCAGGUUUUGGUGCAAUCGCCUUUUCCUUCCUUCAUCAAUCUCUGGUAGAAUCGGUUUACAAUACGUCCUCUCCAGUGCUUCUCCCGUUAGUCAUCGCCCAAGUAAUUUCACCUUCCUUUUCAUUUGGUUUAGGGAUGUUGAUUUAAUAAUUUUUGCAUGUCUUCACUCACAAUUCCAUGUUGAAUUGAAGCAAAGAUUUUUUUGUUCAUGCAAAAGACCCAUGUUCCCCAAUCCUUUGAUUUGGUUUAGGGAUAUUAAUUUAAAAUUUUGCAUGUUAUCACUCACAAUUCUAUGUUGAAUUAAGGCAAAGAUAUACU